CUGGUAACUGUGAACAGGUACCUUCAUCACUGUGAACCUCAGAAGGGAAGCCGCUUGGGGAGAUGGACUAUACCUCCAGCCAGGACCAGAUGUACCUACCUGGCUCUAUCGGAGCCACAUUAGAGGACACGGACCUGUGGACACGCUUCCACCAGGAAGGCACUGAGAUGAUCAUCACAAAGUCUGGACGGAGGAUGUUUCCCCAAUGUAAAAUCCGCUUAUUUGGCCUUCAUCCUUACACCAAAUAUGUUGUGUUGGUAGAUUUCGUUCCUCUGGACAGCAUGAGGUAUAAGUGGAAUAAAAAUAAGUGGGAGGCAGCAGGGAAGGCAGAACCACACCCUCCGUGCAGGACAUACAUUCAUCCAGACUCUCCAGCCCCCGGCGCUCACUGGAUGAAGGAUGUAAUUGGAUUCCAAAAAUUGAAACUUACUAACAACACCUUGGAUCAGCAAGGCCAUAUGGUUCUGCAUUCCAUGCAUCGGUACAAGCCACGGUUUCACAUUGUUCAGUCGGAUGAUGUAUAUAAUGUCCGAUGGGGCUUGCUGCAGGUGUUCAGCUUUCCGGAGACCGAAUUUACAGCAGUGACUGCGUACCAGAAUGAGAAGAUCACAAAACUAAAAAUAGAUCACAAUCCAUUUGCAAAAGGAUUCAGAGAACAAGAGAGAGGACACAAGAGGGGUGACAAUUCUAAAACCAUACCACAAAGUCCAAUCAAGGUGCAGAAGAGAAAGAACUGGGAGGACCACCCUGAGACUGCAGAAAUUGCUAAAGUUCCACGUAUGAAGGAGACCAGUCCAGCUACUGAAUUUUAUCAGAACUGGGUUCCAGAGCAAGAGGGGAGUCAUUUCCUAACCCCAAGCUCCCCUGAUCUGACUGAUGCCACAAAUCAGGAGCAACAAGUGCCCUCUUCAUCUUCCAGCCUUUCAUACAGGAGUCAGUACCGAAGAGGCCCUCUCACUCUACCAUUGACUGGUGAUAUGGGUGAGAUCCCGGUUGAUCGACUCAGCCCAGAUGUAGCUACUGUACCAGACUCCGAUUCAUGUCAACAGCCUGUGUUCCCCACAACUCUACCUUCCCAGCAUCGUUCUAGUGUUCUCAAUACAUGCAUGGAUCCUACACGGAAACAGACUAUGCAGGGCCCAAUGCGCAGCCCAUAUGGAGCUGAUCAGUGGAUGAUUCCUUCUCAAGGACAGUAUCGACCUGUUGGCUACUCUGGCUAUUCAUCUGACUUCAGCACACAGGGGACAGUAUCCCACCCACAUGGAGGAAUGUCAGAUUGGACUCAAUACCCCUUCCUUCCCUUCACAUGCUGGUACACUGAGUAAAGGGUGCAAUGGGUGUCACAAAGCUGACUUGUGCCGAAGCCUUCCCACCCCACACUUGGCGACUUAUAAUAAAUACCACUUCAAUUUGGGGAGUGA